AUGGCCGAGACUACUGGAAGGAUUCCUCUUUGGAUAAUCGGUACUGUAACUGGUAUUCCUGUGAUCGGUUUAGUUGGUAUUUUCUUUUAUGGUUCAUAUUCCGGCUUAGGUUCAUCUCUGUAA